CAUGGAUCACGAUUCGAAAUCUAAGUCUCAAAAUUCAACUACGACAGCGCAAACUCCAACUUCGUCUCGAGCUCCAACAAAUCCCCCGCCAUCACCACAAGGAAUACCAAAAAAUACUGAUAUAGGAACUUGCGUUUGUAAUCUCAUACUAAAUAAAUGUGACAUAAACUGUUGUUGCGAUGAAGAUUGCACUGAUUUUGAUAGAGAAGCAUUUUCAGGAUGUAUUGACUUGCCAUCGAGAUAUGAUGGAAAGUCUUGCACCAAAGAAUAUUUUAUUUCUCGGUCUAAUACUGGUAGUUACCAGACGGAAACUACAGGAGAUUUCUUUUGUGUUUUCAAGGAUAAUUACAAGGAAAGAAAUUAUUAUACCCAACCCGAUCUCUUAAGAACAGAAGAUGAUUUUAAGAAACGACUAUCUAAAGUAAGACGCUAUACCUUUAAGAGAGGAGAAGAAAAUUUACAACUCGAUAAAAUAGAUCGAUAUAAGAGCGGUUCAUUGAUACUAACAGUAUCAAACUCAUCAGUUAUAAGUUAUAUGAGUCAGCCUUCUCCAUCUCAUAAUCAAGAAUGUUUAGAUGGAAAUCCAGCAGAAUUUCUUAUUGACAAGACGUUUUCUUGUAAUCGUAAAAUUACCAACUUUAAAGAGGAUUGUACUGGAAUUGAAGGACUGAAUGCUCAAUAUUACUAUAAAAACUUUACAAUUUUAAGAACACCGAGAAUUCCCACCAAUGUAGAUGAUAUAUUAAAUCCACCCUACUCGUUUCCAAUUAGUUGUAACAAGUCUAAUAACGAUUUAAACUGUUUUGACGGUGACCUUCCUGAACCACAACUAAAUUGUUCUUUGGCUAAAUGUACCUGCGAAAACGUUGUGGAGACCAUAUUCUUUAAAGUCUAUCAUGAAAGUGAUACAAAUUCAACAAGAAUAGUAAGUGUAAAAAUUUCAGCUAUUCUGAAAACUAUAUCGGAGGAAGACACAUUUGUCGGGCAAACUCAUACCUUUGAUUACCUUGAGUCGAGACGUGAGUCGAGUGAAAGCGAUAUUUUCAUUAAAAGUGGAAAUCCAGGAUACUUAAGAGGAAAACCUAUAUUGGCAGGUAAAUUGGAAGAUGUAUCACAGCCAGAUGGAAGCAUUAAGCAGAUAAUAAACUUAAGUCAGGACAGAAAUAAUUGGUUAACUAUGUUGGCCUCAUUACCUGGGGGGAAAUGCGCUGUUACUACAGAUAGAGUUCCGAUAAAGUUCGGAGAAAAUAUGAGAACUGGUUGUUUAUAUCAAGUAACAAAGAGUCAAUUGGACAAAGAGUGCUUAUUUAUACAAGACUACAUCAUUCAAGCUUUAAUGGGAGAAAAUGUUACAAUUAGUGGAUUGCAAAACUGGAAUCGUUAUAUAGCAACAUUUGGAAAUACGUUCCAAACAGUUACAGCUGAUUGGAUACAAGUUGUAAUCAUCAAUCGUCCCAGCGGGACUCCACAGUCAAAUCCAGGAAUAUGUUCAGGUGUUGUUACAUCCGUGCAUAUACAAAUAGCAUACGCUAACAUAGGGAGUUUGAACAAUCCUCAAAGUAGAAUUGUCGGAGUAGCUUACAGAUUUCCACAACAAACAACAUCUAUUAAAUAUCAAUGCUCAGGUUUAUAUUGCCAACCUGGUACAGAAAAUCAAGUACAAAAUUUCGAAAUAUCAAGUUCAGUUGAAUUUGUCGACAUAUCCGGGAAAGCUGAAGGAGUUGAAGCUGCAACUCCAAAACUUAAACAGAGACUGCCAGAAGACUUUUUCUAUCCGUUUUUAUAA